AUGCCCGCGUCGCCCAGUCAUAUGUACAAAGUCGACUACAAACAGGAUAAAGGGAAGUGCGUAGUCGCAGUCAGUCAAAUGAGAGCAGGAUACUGCAUCGUGGAGGCACACCCAGAGAUAUUCGUCCCGCUUAGUGUAAAGUACAUGGCCCCCAGAAUCAUAGAUGCAGAAAAUAAAAAAACAGAUUACAAAACAGUGAACAUAUGUUUUUACUGUUUUGAAAAAUUUAACAAAAGUGUUUAUUGUCCUAACUGCAAAUAUGUAGUGUAUUGUAGUGAUGUGUGUUUAGAACUAGCGUGGAAAUUACACCGAGAUGAAUGUGAAGUAUUUAAGUCGAAUAUAUUUGACAAAUUUUGUCCAUCCAUUAUCAUGCGAAUGGUAAUUAACAGCUACCUAAGCCACUUUAACUUUUAUGAAUACUGUGGAAGCAUAGCAGAAUUGCCAAAGGAAAAAUAUGAAUAUUUUAAAUACCCAGCUUAUAUAGUAGCAGUAGCUUUAAUGAGCAAAAAAAAAAAAUUAUUUGCUAAUUUUGAAGAUAAUGAAAGUAUACUUAAAAAUAUAAUAGAAAAAUUUGUAAAGAUUUCUAAAAACAGUUUACAAAUAAUUGAUAAUGAAUUAGAACCAGUAGGAUUAGCAUUUUAUAAAAAACCCGUUCCCUAUUUUAAUCACUCAUGUUUGAGUAAUUGUGUCACUAUAUUUAAAAACCAGAAAUUAUUCAUACGUACCCUGAUGGAUGUGUAUCCCGGAGAAGAGCUAACCAUUAGUUACAUCGACAUAGCAUUCGAUAAAAAUACGAGGUCAGCAAUUUGCAUGGAUCAAUAUUUCUUUACAUGCUCUUGUAAGUUAUGUAAAGUGAAUAUCGUGUCGGAAUGCCAAAAUAUUUUUAAUACAGAAUUUGUCUGUACUCAGUCGGACAGUUGCAAAAAAUGUGUUAAUCAUAUGGAGCUUAUUUUAAUAUCAGAAUUGGAAAGAAAAAGUUGUUAUAUGAAUAAAAGUCAAUUUAAAAAUUCUUAUCCUGUUUUAAGAAAAACGAACGAACAUCCAUAUGUGUGGAAAUGUGCCAUUUGUAAAAACGAAGUGCAUGAUAAUGUUAUAAAAAGUUUAAUGGAAAAGGAAAAGGAAACUAUUAAGGAAACAGCUCAUUUGGAGUCUCUAUUCAGUGAAAAGUAUACCUAUGACAAUAAAUCUGUUUUACAAUCACUUAAUAAAAUAAAGUCCAAAAUUGAUUACCUAACCACUUUUUAUCACCAUACGAGAUAUUCUUUGCAAAAGAUGAGAGCCAAGAUUCUGUACAUUUCAAUACAGCUACAAGAAUUUAAAUUAGCAUAUAAUAUUGCUAACCAGUACCUCAAAUCUAUAGAGGUGUCCUACGGAAAGUACUCCCCUAUUUAUGGCUACUAUAUUUUUCUAACUGGCAAACUUGCCCUUUUCCUUGAUCUCAAAUCGGAGGGUCUUAAUUUAAUUCACAAAGCCAAAAAAAAUAUAUUAAAAACUUAUGGGCCGGACUCUCCCAUUUAUAAAGAUCUGGAAAAAUUCCUCUACACAAAUAAGUACUGA